AUGUUUUGCAAGUUGCAUCGAAAGGAGUCCGUGUCGGCGGAGGCUGCGCCCAGUGGCCCCCUGAACGCCGAGACGGGGCUGCCUGUGCAGUCCUGCAACGAUGUGCUCACACCGAGCACCUAUGGUGUCAUCUGUGUCUUUGGGAUUCUUGGCGACCGCAUCGUCAUCUACACCACUGUGAAGAAGACAAAGCUGUGCGUUCAGCAGACAGUGCCAGACAUCUUUAUCUCCAGCCUGUCAACUGUGGGUCUUCUUUUUCUCGUUGUCAUGCCCCUUCUCAUUCGCCAGCUUUUAGGGAAUGCCUCCUGGUGUUUUGGUGGCGCCAUGUGCACCAUAAUCACCGCGUUUGAGUCCAACAGUGUCAGCACUUGCAUCCUCUCUGUAAUGACCCUGGAUCGCUCCCUGGCCACAGUUCCCAUCCGUUUCAAUCAUGCCGGGACCCACUUUAUGGCUGCGACAGCCGUUGCGCUAGUGUGGGUGCUUCUGGUCUCCAUUACGCCGGUGUGGAUGUAUGCUGGCCUCACACCUCUCAAGGAUGGUUCAGAUGGCUGCGCUCUCUUGCUUCCCAACCCUGCCACGGACACAUACUGGUUCACCCUGUACCAGUAAUCUCUGCCUUCGCCCUGCAUCCGGUGGCCUUUUUUAAGAUCCUCAGAAAUAUCAGACAGAGUAGCUCCCCUGCCCCAGCGUAGCCGGAGGGUGCGUAAUCGCAAGGUGAUCCGUAUGGCGGUGGCCAUAUCCACGGUAUUCUUCGUUUGUUUGGCACCCUACUACAUCCUGCAGUUGGCUCAUGGAUUUGGUAUAUAUAUACCAAGUCCAGUUGCACUUGAUUCACAUCCUUUGGAUAACAUUGCUAUUAGCAUGGGCUAUGGCAAUAGCUGUAUUGACCCAUUCCUUUAUAUUGUGUUGAGUGAAACCUUUGAAAGGCAAUUCAUUGCGGCCCUUCGGUCAAGCCACAGGGUUUUCAGAGUCGAGCCAGCCAUAGCUGAUGGCAGCAUGACAUUGAGGAUGGCACUAGACAGCUCUCACCCAUUUCCUUCCAGGUCAUCCGGGGAUCUACUUCAAAACAUGCUGCGUGUCACUGUGGCUGUGCACUAA